GAGAGGAAACCGAAGAGCAAGAGAAAGGACACUUUCAUAGACACUUUGGCUAACCUUGGGGACUUGAUACAGCUGUAAUGCGAGCUCCUCUACGUUGGGUGUUGUGGGACGUUCGGGACACCCUGGUGAGCGUGCUUGGGUCUGCUGGGGAGCAGUACUGUAAGGAGGCUGAAAAACUGGGCCUGAGCCUCAAUUACGCAGAGGUUGAUGCUGCUUUCUCACGGGUUUAUCAAGAUUACUCCAGCAGAUUUCCAAAUUAUGGCAAAUCUCAGGGUCUGACUGGCCAGAUUUGGUGGAUGAGAGUAGUGAAAGAGACACUGUCCCAGUGUAGGGUCCAGGAUCCAGACGUGGUAAAUGCUGUGGCUAACAAUGCUUAUUUGAACUUCAGAAAUGCGACAAACUGGGAGAUAUAUCCCGACGCAAAGCCGGCCUUGGAGAGAUGUUCCUCCCUUGGACUGAAGCUGGGUGUGGUCUCCAACUUUGAUAACCGUCUCGAAGCCAUUUUACAUAGCUGUGGGCUGCUGUCGCACUUCAGUUUUGUGAUUUCAUCAGAGGCGGCCGGCGUGGCCAAGCCCAGUCCGGACAUCUUUGUUCAAGCUCUGGAGAAAUGUAGCACAUCAGCUGACAGCGUGGCGCACGUCGGAGACCACUUUAUUAACGAUUACCUCGCUUCUAGGUCCGCGGGCAUCCAUGGGAUUCUUUUAGACCGACGCAACAAGCACAAAGAAGCCGAUAUUCCUCAGGAGCACCGAAUUGUGUCACUGGAACAACUGGCAUCACGACUUCAGCAGCUUGCACAACAAUAACAAAAACAAAUGUUUACUUUAAACCAGCAUCUUGACAGUUCACUUGUCAACGCCAGGUGUUUAAGACACAGAGGCCCAACUGAACUCAAGCACUUGCAUCAUAAUGUUACAUGUUAGCCGAUCCACUGCAGAAGUUAAGGUUUGUUUUGUAAAUGUAUUAAUUCCCCCUUUGUAUCCUAUUAU